CCCAAUACCCUUUUAAUGCACAUGAUAGUCAAUUUGUCUGGUGAUCGUGAAGAAAAAAAUCAUGGGUGAUAGUGCCGAGUGUGAGCGCGUUUUCAAGCGCUUUGACGUGAAUGGCGAUGGCAAGAUCUCGUUAACCGAGUUUGCGGAAGCUCUCAAAGUGCUUGGCUUAACUUCACAAGAGGAAGUUGAACGUCGAAUGGCAGAGAUUGAUACAGAUGGUGAUGGCUCUAUUACACUGCAAGAGUUGAUUGAAUUUCAAAGUGCCAAUCCUUGCUUGAUGAAUGAAGUUUUGCAGAAACUCUAAUCUUUCAUUAGUUGGUUAAAAUUUCAUCAAAUGUUUUUUCUUCAUUGUAUCAUCUUUUGUUAUUUAACAACUGUUUUGGUUUAUCAUGUGGGGGCAUCGAGGCUUCCUUUGGUUGUUAAUUAUGGGGAGGUAGUUAGUUAGCCUCAAUUCAAUCAACAUCAUGCACCAUUAAUAUUCCAAAUUCUAAAGCCAAUAAAUUUUCAUGGUA